AUGUAAAAUAAUAAUAAUAUUGAUUUGCAAGGUGACGACUAGCAAAUUGAUAUUUAAUAAGAAGAUUACUUCGAAGGACACUUACUUAAUCGUAUGCUUAAAUUAUUAUUUAAGUUUAACAAAAUUAAUAGUAUAUUUAAAUACUAGAGCUUAAUGAGGAUGAAGAUCCAGGAUUUUUGUUUUUGUUGAAAGAAACGAAUGUCCCUGAAUUAGAACAUGCUAUACUGCAAGAUACAUAAAUGUUCUUCGAAAGAGAAGCAAGGCUCUAUAAUUAUAUUGCCAAAUUAUUGUACUUGACAGAGAUAGACACAUAAGGUAGACUACUCAAAAAUAUUUAUUAUUAGAUGCUCCUAAGUUAACUAAGCUAUUGACAUUGUUUAUUGAGAUUCAUGAGAUUGGAUAAUAUUCUGAAUAUGCUCAAAUGUUAUAAUAAUAACAUUCUAUUGGAUUUCUUAUUGAUAGUGAUCUAUAAAUGAUUGAUUUAUUGUAGAAUAUAGUUUUAAGGCAAGAAACCAAUAAUUCAAAAAAAGAUUUAUUCUUUGUAAUCGGAAGAUAUUUGCCAAAAUUUUUAAUAUUUUCAAUUAAUCCUCCCAAACCAUUUGUGACUAAAAACUAAAUUAAAUCUUUACAAAACUAGAUUGUUAGUAAAAUCAAUAAUUAACUAUUUGAAACUAAUAUUGUAACACCUUAAAAGUUAUGUUUGUUAGCCUUUUCUUAUCUUUCUGAUCCUGAGUUAAAUUAUUAAUUGUACUAUGAAACAAUUUGUAUCCUGAAAUAAACACUUGAAAGGUAUGUCAUAUGCAUAAAUUAUUUAGUCUUUUGGAAAGCAAUAACACAGAAAAAAGUAUAUAUAGCGAAAUCAGAUAUCUAAUAGAAUUUUUCUUGUUAUUCACACCCAAUUAAAAUCUCUUGAAAUGCUUCUUCAAGAUCAAUUUUCAUACUUCCCUCUAUAAUAGUAUCAAAAUAUGUUCAUCUGCUUAGGGAAUCGAUAAAGAAACCAGUUGGUUCAAAGACUCUUUUAUUAUAAGGUAUAUGGUAAGUUUAAUUAUAAAAAUUCUGAGUUCUGAUAAGGUUGAUGACGAAUUCACUGAUAUGUUAUAUGAUGAUUUCUUAGAAUGUUUGAAACAAAAAUAAUUGGAUCUGAUAACCAAAGUGAUCAUACCUAUUUUGAAUAGUCAACAGGUUCAAUUAGUACCUGUGUGUUUCCACCCAGAAUUAAGUGUGGCUGAAAGCAAAGCACAAUUUAAAACUUUUUCAGAAAACAAUACUAAGAUGAUGGCGUAGAAGUUAAUUGAGUAGGAUGAUGAGUCAUUUGAGAAGAACGAUUAUAUGAAAUAGAAUUACUAUUAUUCUUAAUUGAGGAUGUAGCCAAUACAUUUUAUUCCCAAAACAGUGACAGGGAAAUAAUUGAGUUAAUUAUUAAAGGAAAACAUAACCAUUCAAAAUUUGAGAGAAGGUUCAAUUAAUGAUAUAAAGGUGAUUAAACCAGUUACUUAGGAACUUUCGUUUAAUAGUAAUUAUAAAAAGCCAUUACUGGUUUCCUUUGGAUAAACGAUGGGAGGUUUUGUAAGGGUAGUUGAUAAACUUAAAGUGAAUGUAGGUGAAGCUAGAGUAGAGAAAAAGUUUCGGAUUUAUUAAAUGAAUUGUCAAUUUUUUGUUAGAUUGAGGAAUUUCAAGAGGAAAUUGUUUAGAGUGAGGAAUUCUUAUAAUAUCUAAUAUCAUUAAUUGAUAAGAAUAAACAAAAAUAAAUAGAAACUAUAUAUGGAAGGCUCAAUUCAUUGAUUUAUUCAAAGUUAGUUCAGUUCUUCGAGGAGAAACCAUAUCUAAAUGUAGUAGCAAUAUUGAAAUUUCGAAUCUUGAAGCAGAUAGUGAUUAAGGCAGAAUAUUAAUUGUAUUUAAUGAAGUAGAAAUAAUAAGUAGAUAUUAAAAGAUUCUAAUAUAAUUUGGGAUUGAUUGUUAAGAAAUAGAAGAUGAAUUAACAUGUUUGGUAUAGAAAUAUUAAAUAAUUCUAAUAAUAAAAGUAGGAAGAUCCAAAUAUUGAUAAAUUAGAGAAGAAUUAAAAUGAUGAAGAUUCACAUUUGGAAAUUCUUGUAAAAUGUCUACUUCAAUUAUUAGAUCAUUAGUCAAUUAGCAUAACAAUACUUGAGUCUAUACAAUCAUCAAAUAUUAUAAACUUCAUUAUUAAAUAUCUUGAAAUCAAUUUAGCAUAAUUGAAAAGUUCAAAAACAUUUCAUCAAAUAAUAAAGUUAAUCUAUUGCUUAGCAUAAAAUGAAAUGACAUUGAAGCUAUUCAUAACAAAAUAGAAAGAAUGUUUAUUUAGAUAAAUGGAGUUAGUUAAUUAGCAACUACUAAUAGGUAUUUAAACUGACAAUGAUGAAUUAAAUGAAAACAAAGAAUUUAUGUCAUUGUAUGAAUAUGUGGAAGGUAGUUUAUAUGCUGCAAAAUUCAUUACAAUAAAAUAUUUACCUUAAAAUUAUUAAUAUAAUGAAAAUCCUAAUAUUAUUAAGCAUUAAAUGUAUAGACCCUUUAUGAAAAGAUUGGCAGUUGAAAAGUGUAAAAUAGCGACUGAUGCAAAAUACAUGUUUAGCAUGAAAGAUUAUUAUCAAGAAACUAAUAAUCCAUCAUAAGCUAAAAUGUAAAAGCUUAUGGAGGAGAUAUCAACAAUUGGAGAGAUUCUACCCAUUGAAGCAACCAAUUCCAUAUUCAUAAGAUAUGAUUAGGAGAGAAUGGAUUGUAUGAGAACCAUCAUUUUUGGUGCCAGUGGUACACCAUAUGCACAUGGAGCAUUCUUGUAUGAUCUAUAUUUUGAAGAAGAUUAUCCACAUAAACCUCCAAAGAUUAGAUUGGCUACUACUGGAUAUGGUACAGUUCAGUUUAAUCCCAAAUUAUAUAAUUGUGGACAAGUUUGUUUAGAUUUAGAUAGUAUAUGGGGUAAUAGUUGGAAGGCUAAUGACUCCAAAAUAUUCUAACUAUUAGUUUCAGUUCAAUCUCUAGUGAUGAGUGAAAAUGUUAUGUUUAAUGAACCAGGAUUGGAAUCUUAGAUGGCAACUCCUAUUGGUGAAUAAGCUAAUAGAGGAUAUUGUAAUUUCAUUAAGAUUUAAAAUAUUAGAUAUGCUAUGAUAGAAUAAUUAACAAAUCCCCCAAGAGGAUUUGAAGAUGUAAUUAAGAAGAGUUUCUAUUUGCGUAAGGAAUUGAUAAUGAAGGAGAUUGAAUUAUGGAUAGAAUAGGCCGAUUUGCCAGCAACUUAUAAUCAACAAUAGAAUUAUUUUCCAUACAACUUUCAACCUCAAUUAUAUAAAUAAAGUUUGAUAAAAAUAUAUGAGGAACUGAAAGUGGAAUUAGAGAAAUUGAAGUUUGAUAUUGUAAAAGAUUUCCAAGUUUAUCUAAGGGAGAAAGAAAUCAGUUUUAAUGUAGAUACUCUUUAAUAAUAAUAAAAACAAAUACCUCGUAAAGUGAUGCUCAUGCCUUAAGGUUUGAAUAUCAAUGAGAUUGAUGUCAGUUAUAAUGAUAAUCUAAUAAAGAAAAUUCGAUUCAAAUGA